GUUUCGGCUGCAAGUGUUACCUGGAAGAAAGGUUUAAAAAAGGACAAGAGGAGCCUGGUUUCUAUGAGACACUGUCUCCAUGGAGACGUAGUGAAAACUACAGCUGAGUUUCCAUCAUGACCCAGUGCACCUGAUGCAGCUCUGGUUAAAAACUCUGCCAGACUACACACCAUGAUUAUCUCCAUCCCCUCCAUCCUGCUCGGUCUGGGAGGAAAAUGUCUGCUCAACUGGGCUCUGGUUAUUCUCCAGAGGGACAACAUCUGCAAGAGCCUCCUGGGAGUUUUCAGUGUGUCCCUUGCUGUCGUCGACACAAUCCUGACCCUCUUUGUCACCACCCUGCACAUGCACGACGAUGGAUGCGUCUUCUUCCUUGGUUUGAAGCUGACCAGGUACCGUGUAUGUUUGCUGGUUCAAAUCCUCGGACAAGUCUACAAUGCUCUGCAGUGGCUUGUUGUAGUCGCGGCCGGUUGUGACCAUUUUUCAGUCACUCGGAGGCUGCACUCCAUAACUGCCAGGACAAGAUUUAUUGUCUGCUUAUUUGUGACCGGCCUCCUGUGGUACCUCACGGUUCUCUACGUCUUCUUUCCUGUCAUGGAGGAUGUGUCUCACGACGAGAUAUACCAGUGCUGGACAUUCCACACAACUCAGAUCCUGCAGGUGGCCAUGUUUCUUCUCCUGUCUCUGGGCUGUGCAGUGUUGCAUGCUGGGUUCAGCACACGGUUCUUAAAAAAUCCUCCUUUGCAAGACCAAAUUACAGACCAAAGUGGAGUUCACUCCAGAAGAGACGCUGUUCAUCAGGCCAUACGUAUAUUUUUGAACACACGGGCCCCAUUCCAGUGUUUUCUGGCCGUGCUCCUCCUGGCACCUGUGGGGAUACCUGCAUACCUGGGUCUGAACACUGCCUGGCUCUGCUUCCUCAACAGCCUUCUGAUAGCUGUCGUUUUAUGUGCAGUCUGUCCUGCCUCGCAGAUAACGCAGGGCCUGGCAGCAGUUCCUUCAAUUUAUUUUGUAUGGAGAGGACCGAACAUGACAAACACAAACAGAACUCAUGGUUAG